GCGUGAAAGAAGCUUGCUGCCACCAGGUUAUCUAACUUUAGUUUAUUAUCGAACCCUUCAGUAUAUCAACCGCCUCCCUCUCUGAAAUAAAUAUAACUUGUUUCCUGUAUUGCGUAGAUUUUACUGUCGGCAGCAAAAGAGCUGCACACGCCUCUACAAGGCCUCCAGUGAUUGGCUAGCCGCUUCAGUCUCCAUAGACUUUCAAUACAUUGCAGUUAGCACGCGAGCUACAAGCGUCACCCAAACGCAAGACGCGCUGAAACGUUGAAGAAUGAACCAUAAAAGUAAGAAACGGAUCAAAGAGGCGAAGCGGAGCGCCAGACCCGAGCUGAAGGACUCGAGCGACUGGACCAAACACAAUUACUGCGAGAGCUUUGAUGUGUCGCACCGGACAGUGAAGGACAACGUGGAGCGAGUGGACACCCAGCGACUCAGUCCAGAGGAGUUCAUUCAGCGUUUUGAGAAACCGUAUAAGCCCGUCGUUCUGCUGAACUGCCAAGACUCAUGGCCAGCCCGGGAAAAGUGGACCUUGGAGCGACUCAAGCGCAAAUACCGCAACCAGAAGUUCAAAUGCGGCGAGGACAAUGAUGGCUACUCUGUCAAGAUGAAAAUGAAGUACUACGUGGAGUAUUUGGAGUCAACCCAUGACGACAGCCCCCUCUACAUUUUUGAUAGCAGUUUCGGCGAGCAUGCUAAGCGCCGCAAGCUUUUGGAGGACUACCAGGUGCCAGUUUUCUUUAGGGACGACCUCUUUCAGUUUGCGGGGGAGAAGCGCCGUCCUCCGUACAGGUGGAUUGUGAUGGGUCCUGCCCGUUCUGGAACAGGCAUCCACAUUGACCCGCUCGGCACGAGUGCGUGGAACGCCCUGGUGCAGGGCCACAAACGCUGGUGCCUGUUCCCCACCCACACACCCCGUGAGCUCAUCAAGGUGACGCGAGAUGACGGGGGAAACCAGCAGGACGAGGCCAUCACCUGGUUCAAUGUCAUCUAUCCCCGCACACAGCAGCUCACCUGGCCAGCCGAGUUCAGACCGCUGGAGAUCCUUCAGCAUCCCGGAGAGACUGUGUUUGUGCCCGGUGGAUGGUGGCAUGUUGUCCUCAAUCUGGACAUGGCUAUUGCUGUGACCCAGAAUUUUGCGAGCACCACUAACUUCCCCAUCGUGUGGCACAAGACUGUGCGAGGUCGCCCCAAACUCUCCAGAAAGUGGUACCGGAUCCUGAAACAGGAGAGGCCUGAUAUUGCUGCUUUGGCAGAUAAAGUCGACCUGCAGGAAUCAACAGGCAUUGCCUCGGACAGCUCCAGUGACUCGUCAUCCUCUUCCUCCUCCAGCUCCUCCGACUCUGAUUCAGAGGCUGACUCGGGCUCUGAGGGCGACGCCAUGACCCAUCGCAGAAAGAAGAGGAGAAUCUGUGGCAUGAUGGGGAACGGUGACAUCACAAGCCAGGACGACUGCGUGAGCAAAGAGCGCAGUUCGUCUCGGUGACGUCCCGCUCGACAACAGAGGGGCUGCAGCCAUAUUCGCCUCCUAGACCAUGAAACGUCACGCUCUCUCUGUCUGUCGCCCUCAGGAGACUCCUGUCCGUUAGAUAAGAGGUUGCCUCUGCGUCACGUCUGGGCACAUGAUAACAAACUCUGCCCUAGUGCGCUUUUAGAGAUAAACACGAACAAAAUAUCCAAAUAUGUGCUUGCUGGAGGAGCGUUGCAUGAAUGCAUCAACAGCUGUGUGUGAGAAGAGAAGGGAAACCCUCCUUGUGUUGCCUUUGCUGAUGUCAGGCUCUGGACAGGAAGCUUGACGUCUCCUCCUGUCCCAGUGCCAACGUCGUUAAUCUGCGUUUGAUUCAGAACAAUGCCGUUUUUGUAUUUCACAGGGGUUAUGUGCAGAUUUGUGAGAGAUGUAUCAUGACCCAUCUAGGGUAAUAUGGUUGGCCUGAUGUGUAAUGCUGCCUUUAGCUCUUUGAUUCUAGAACAUUGAUUAUUUUAUUACUGAUUCUACUUCUUGAGCUGCACUUAAACAUGGGUUUCUUGUCUUUUGGUUAAACUAGCCCAUAGUACUUACAACUGUUAAACGGCAGUGAUUUCUGGUCCCUUUUCUCACUCUUCUAGAUAAGAAUUUUGAUUUAAAAUGUCUCAAACUUUAAAUUAGAUGCCCUUUAUGGAGCGCCACACUACAUGUGAUACAUACAUACAUACAUGCAUACAUAUAUAUAUGGAGUUAUCCAGAAAUGGAGUUAUCUGUUUUUGCAAAUAAACUCUUCAUAUAUUCUAUCGUUUGCACGAAUUAAGAAUUACUUAUAUGCCUUGUUUGCCUUGUCUAAUUUGUUCCCUCAUUUUAGUAAAUUGUGGCUGACCUCGUACUAAUUUGUUCCCUUGUUUCAAUUUUGAACAAAAAAUUGGCCUCAAUUUACUAAAAUUAGGGAACGAAUUCUACAUUUGUGAAAACGGUAAAUAUUUUGUCGGUAUCUCAUGUGCGAAGCUUUGUAUUGCCUAAAUAACAUUGUAGUGGAGCCAAAAGUUUGAACGCACCUUUUCUUAAGUUGGAACUACUGUGAAUGCGCCAAAAAAACGUUUGAACUCGACUUUUCUCUUCUUUCGUCUAUUAGCAGUGAAUUCAAUGGUUAAUUUAGCUCAACUAACUGAAAUAUGAGGUGUUUUUCUUUUAUAACCCCUCUGCGUAAGUGAAACACUAGGAGGCGCUUAUUUAUUAUACAGUGCGCUAUGAGCCACGCAAAGAGGGGGAAAAUCUUGCAAUCAUAAUUCAUGAAAAUCCACAUUUCCUGUUCAAAAUGGAAAACGUGACUAGCCUAUAAUGUCUUAAAAUGUUUUUGUAUGUUUUCAAUUCUUUUUUUAACUGAAGGAAAUAGCGUAACUCCAAAAAUGGCGACCUGUCAUGACCUAAAUGUUUCAGGGCUGCAGUACUCUAUAUGUUGUGAUGGUGUGAGGUGAUUAAUGAUCGAAGUGAGUGUUGUUGAGGGGUUUGUGUCAGUGCUUUCUUUGUGUACGAGUCGAGGAGAAAGAUGUGGUUAAAAAGUGCCUAUUUUUACGUGAUGUUGGUCAUUCAGGUUGCUCAUAUUUCACAUUCUCAUAUCAUUUCUCAGAGCUGUGGUUUUGAAUUGCAAAUGUUAGUGUUUUAAUGAAUGGCCUGUGCUCUUAGAUGAAGCCUCCAGAUCUUCAGUGUUUUCUCUAGGGUAUGUUCUUACUUCAGCUCCUCAUGUUCCAUGUUCAGCACUGGCUCGGCUAUGUGACACUUUGAUGUUGCUCAGAUCAAACAAAAUUAUUAAUGAUAAUUGU